AUGCCCGUGAUUGACAGGCCGUGCCCUCAGGGAGGAAGCUCCUUCACCAAUCAGCUCGAGGGCGGGAACCAGAGGCGGGCGGUGCCGCGCCUGCGCAGGAGGCUGAGGCGGGCGGUGAAGCGGCGGCGGCGCCGGGCGGACGCGGCGGCGAUGGAGCCGGGAUACGGCGGCUAUGGCUCCUGGAGCACCGGGGCCACCGGCACCCAGGGUUCCUACGGAACCAACACAGCGAGCUGGCAAGGCUAUGAAGGCUACGAGUUCUACACCCCGCAGAGCUCGGCCCCCACGGGAGCCUCCUACAGCUACGGGGGAGGGGCGGCCGGGGGCGCCUCCUGGGACUCCCCCAAGGCUGAGCUGGGCCUGGGCUCCUCCGAGGGCUCGGGCAGCGCCCUGGGGCUGGGGGCUGGGGCCGCCUUCGGCUCGGGAUCUGCCUUCGGAUCGGGAUCUGGAGCUGCCUUCGGGUCGGGAUCCACCUUCGGAUCGGGAUCCACCUUCGGAUCGGGAUCUGGAGCUGCUUUUGGGUCGGGAUCCACCUUUGGAUCGGGAUCUGGAGCUGCCUUUGGGUCGGGUUCCACCUUUGGAUCGGGAUCUGGAGCCGCUUUUGGAUCGGGAUCUGGAGCCGCCUUUGGAUCGGGAUCUGGGACUGCCUUCGGAUCGGGAUCUGGGACUGCCUUCGGAUCGGGAUCAGGAGGCACAUUUGGGUCAGGAUCUGCAGGAUCCACCUUUGGAUCGGGAUCUGGAGCUGCCUUUGGGUCAGGAUCUGGAGCUGCCUUUGGAUCAGGAUCAGGAACCACUUUUGGCUCAGGAUCUGCUGGAUCCACCUUCGGCUCAGGAUCAGGAACCACCUUUGGCUCAGGAUCAGGAGCUGCCUUCGGCUCAGGAUCAGGAACCACCUUUGCCUCAGGCUCAGGACCCGCUUUUGCCUCAGGAUCCACUUUUGGCUCAGGAUCAGGAACUGCUUUUGGCUCGGGAUCCGCGUUUGGAUCAGGAUCCACCUUUGCCUCGGGCUCAGGAUCCACCUUUGCCUCGGGCUCCACCUUCAGCCAGGGCUCGUCCUCGGGCCCGGCCGAGCCCGGCUCCAACCCCGACUCCAUCAUCGCCAAGAUCAACCAGCGCCUGGACCUGCUGGCCAAGGAGGGCAGCCCGGGGGAUGGCCCCGAGCAGCACCACAGCUCCUUCCGCUUCGACUCGCUGGGCGCCUUCUCCUCGCGGGACUCUCGGGACGCGUUCCGCGCCUCGCUGCCGCUGCCCGAGGCGCUCCCGGAGCGGGACGAUCCCUUCGGGCCCCGGCCCGGGGAGCCGUCCCGCCGCCCCCCGGGGCUGUCGCGGGGCUCGCCCGGCGGCUCCCGGGGCCGCUGCCCGCCGCGGGGCCGGCGGCUCCCGGAGCCCUUCCCGGGGGGCUCCCGCGGCUGGAGCGAGCCGCCCUUCCCGGGCGGCCGCGCCUCGCGCCCGCUGCCCUCGCUCUUCUCCCAGGCGCUCGACUACCCCGGCGACUACCCCGACUACCCCGGCGACUACCCCGGGGAUUACCCCGGCGAUUUCCCCGGGGAUUAUCCCGAUUUUCCGGGCGAUUAUCCCGACUAUCCCGGCGAUAUGCUGGGAAUGCCCCCCCUGGGCCGCGGCCCCUACGGGAUGAGGAGGAGGGACAGGAUGGGAGCCCUGCCCUGGAACGGCCUCAGCAUGGGCCGGCGCCGGGGGCUGCGCGCUCGCUCCGGGGGGCGCUGGGAGCCGGAGGGGCCCCGCAAGCGGAAACGCUCCGGGAACAACGACGGCACCGACGGCACCGAGCCCGGCAACGACGGGAAUGACGCCGGCAACGACGGGAAUGACGCCGGGAAUGACCCCGGGAAUGACGGGAACAACGACGGGAACGACCCCGGGAACACCGAGGGCGGCGAGGAGCCCAAACAGCCCCGCAGCGACAGCGACUCCGAGCACGGAGAUGAAGGGGAAGGAGAUGAGAAAUCCUUGGACGAGGCAGACAAAGGCUCGGAGGAGGAGGACGAGGAGGUGAAGAAGAAGCGGGAGAAGCAGCGGAGGCGCGACAGGAUGAGGGACAGGGCCAUGGACAGGAUCCAGUUUGCCUGCUCCGUGUGCAAGUUCCGCAGCCUGGAGGAGGAGGAGCUGCAGCGGCACCUGCAGAGCAAAUUCCACCGGGACACGCUGCGCUACAUCGGCACCAAGCUGCCCGACAAAACCGUCCAGUUCCUGCAGGAGUACAUCGUGAACAGGAACAGGAAGAUCGAGCGGCGGCGCCAGGAGCUGACGGAGAAGGAGGGGAGCAAAGCCCGGCCCGACCCCUUCAAGGGGAUCGGCCAGGAGCACUUCUUCAAGCGGAUCGAGGCGGCGCACUGCCUGGCGUGUGACAUGCUGAUCCCGGCCCAGGGCCACCUCCUGCAGAGGCACCUGCGCUCCGCCGAGCACAACCGCAGCCGCAGGGUGGCGGCGGAGCAGUUCAAGAAGACGAGCCUGCACGUGGCCAAGAGCGUCCUCAACAACAAACACAUCGUCAGGAUGCUCGAGAAGUACCUGCAGGAAAAAUGGGAUUUUGGAUCCCGGGAAGAGUGACCUCAGGUCCAGGGAAAAAUGGGAUUUGCAUCCCAAAAAAUGGAAUUUGGAUCCCAAGAAGAGGGACGGUGGAUCCCAGGGAAAAAAGGAUCUUGACUCCAGAGAAUAAAGGGAUUUGGAUCCCAGGAAAAAGGGAUUUGGAUCCCAAAAAAUGGACUUUGGAUCCCAAAAAAAAAGGGUUUUGGAUUCCAAGAAGAGGGACGGUGGAUCCCAGGGGGAAAAAGGACCUUGAGUCCAGGGGAAAAGGGAUUUGGAUCCCAGGAAAAAUGGGAUUUUGGAGCCCAGGAAAAAAGGGAUUUUGGAUCCUGGGAAGAUGGACCUCGGGUCCUGGGGAAAAUGGGAUUGGGAUCCCAAAAAAACGGGAAUUUGGAUCCCAGAAAAAGGACUUCGGGUCCUGGGGAAAAUGGGAUUUGGAUCCCCAAAAAUGGGAUUUUGGAUCCCAGGGAAAAAGGGAUUUUGGAUCCCAGGAAGAUGGACCUCGGGUCCUGGGGAAAAUGGGAAUUUGGAUCCCAAAGGAAAAGGGAUUUGGAUCCCAAGAAGACGGACUUUGGAUCCUAGGGAAAAAAGGGAUUUGGAUCCCAAAAAAAAAGGAUUUUGGAUCCCAAAAAAUGGACUUUGGAUGCUGGGAACACGGACCUCAGGUCCUGGGAAAAUGGGAAUUUGGAUCCUAAAAACCUGGGAAUUUGGAUCCCAGAAAAAGGACCUCGGGUCCUGGGAAAAAUGGGAUUUGGAUCCCAGGAAAAAGGGAUUUGGAUCCCAAAAAAUGGACUUUGGAUCCCAAAGGAAAAGGGAUUUGGAUCCCAAGAAGAGGGACGGUGGAUCCCAGGAAAAGUGACCCCAAAUCCUGGGAAAGGGACGCUGGAUCCCGGGAAAAAUGGGACUUUGGAUCCCAAAAAUGGGAUUUGCAUCCCAAACAAGAAGGAUUUGGAGCCCAAGGAAGAAGGAUUUUGGAUCCUGGGAAGACGGACCUGGAGUCCUGGGAAAAAUGGGAUUGGGAUCCCAGGAAAAAAGGGAUUUUGGAUCCCAGGAAAAAAGGGAUUUUGGAUCCCAGGAAGACAGACCUUGGGUCCAGGGGAAAAAGGGAUUUCGGAUCCCAAGAAAAAGGAUUUUGGAUCCUGGGAAAAAGGGACCUGGAGUCCCGGGGAAAAAGGGAUUUGGAUCCCAAGAAAAAAGGACCUUGGAUCCUGGGAAAAGGGACCUGGAGCCCUGGGAGAAAAAGGACGUUGAGUCCUGGGAAAAAAGGGAUUUGGAUCCCAAAAAACGGGAUUUGGAUCCCAAAAAAAGGGACUUUGGAGUCCAAGGAAAAAGGAUUUUGGAUCCUGGGAAGACGGACUUGGAGUCCUGGGAAAAGGGACGCUGGAUCCCGGGGAAAAAAGGGAUUUUGGAUCCCGAAAGAUGGGAUUGGGAUCCCAAGAAAAAGGACCUCAGAUCCUGGGAAAAGGGACUUGGAGUCCUGGGAAAAAUGGGAUUGGGAUCCCAAGAAGAGGGAUGGUGCAUCCCAAAAGAAGGGACUUUGGAUCCCGGGAAAAGUGAUGCUGGAUCCCAGGAAAAAAGGGAUUUGGAUCCCAAGGAAAAGGGACUUUGGAUCCCAAAAAAAGGGACUUUGGAUCCCAAGGAAAAGGGACUUUGGAUCCCAAAAAAAGGGACUUUGGAUCCCAAGGAAAAGGGACUUUGGAUCCCAAAAAAAGGGACUUUGGAUCCCAAGGAAAAGGGACUUUGGAUCCCAAAAAAAGGGACUUUGGAUCCCAAGGAAAAGGGACUUUGGAUCCCAAAAAAAGGGACUUUGGAUCCCAAGGAAAAGGGACUUUGGAUCCCAAGGAAAAGGGACUUUGGAUCCCAAAAAAAGGGACUUUGGAUCCCAAAAAAAGGGACUUUGGAUCCCAAGGAAAAGGGACUUUGGAUCCCAAAAAAAGGGACUUUGGAUCCCAAGGAAAAGGGACUUUGGAUCCCAAAAAAAGGGACUUUGGAUCCCAAGGAAAAGGGACUUUGGAUCCCAAAAAAAGGGACUUUGGAUCCCAAGGAAAAGGGACUUUGGAUCCCAAAAAAAGGGACUUUGGAUCCUGGGAAAAGUGAUGCUGGAUCCCAAGGAAAAGGGACUUUGGAUCCCAAAAAAAGGGACUUUGGAUCCCAAGGAAAAGGGACUUUGGAUCCCAAAAAAAGGGACUUUGGAUCCCAAGGAAAAGGGACUUUGGAUCCCAAAAAAAGGGACUUUGGAUCCUGGGAAAAGUGAUGCUGGAUCCCAAAAAAAGGGACUUUGGAUCCCAAGGAAAAAGGAUUUUGGAUCCUGGGAAAAUGGACCUCGGGUCCUGGGAAAAAUGGGAUUUGGAGCCCAAGAAGAGGGACGGUGGAUCCCGAAAGAAGAACUUUGGAUCCCAGGAAAAGUGACCCCAAAUCCUGGGAAAAGGAACGCUGGAUCCCGGGAGAAGGAGGUACGUUGGAUCCUGGGGAAAAGGGGAUUGGGAUCCCAAAACAUGGGAUUGGGAUCCCAAAAAAAAAUGGAUUUGAAGCCCAAGGAAGAAGGGUUUUGGAUCCUGGGAAGACGGACCUGGAGUCCUGGGAAAAAUGGGAUUGGGAUCCCCAAAAAUGGGAUUUGGAUCCCAGGAAGAUGGACCUCAGGUCCAGGGGAAAAA